GCUGACAGCGUCCUGCAGCAGGAGCGACUCUUCCACACCGAGAGGACCCACGGAGCCCACACACCGUGGAUUAACGCGGAAACUUUCACGAUGGCGCUCCACGGGAAAAAGUAGCCCGAGCAGCAGCAGCCGCAUCACGCUCCCCGCCUGCCAACGGACCCUCCGCCGCUCCGCUCCUCCCGGUACAUGCACCGCUGAGAAAAAAAAUAUGCUCCAGCCGAGCCGCCUCUACCCCGGCUCCAGUCCCGCGUUCACACCGCUGUGAGCCGCUUUCCUGAGACACUCGCUCCUGGCUCCGCUCGCUGUUUUUGUUGUGUUCUGGCUGUUGUUGCGUCUUCGCCUCCAAAGUCCACCGCACGAGUCCCAGAGCCGCCGGCCACAGAGAACCAUGGCAGGGAAGCUGACAGCAGCGCAGGGCACAGGAAUACUGCUGGUGACAGCCAACGUCGGAUCCCUGUUCGAGGAUCCUGAAAAUCUACAGAAGACAUGGCUGAGGGAGUUUUACCAGACAGUCCAGUCACACAAGCCUCACUUCUUAGCAGUGCACUGUCAAGAGGUGGGCGGGAAGAAUUACGAGGCGUCCAUGUCACACGUGGAUACUUUUGUCAAAGAGCUUUUGUCCAGUGAUACCAUGAAGGAGUACAGUAGAGCCCGCAUCUACCUCGAUGAGAACUACAAAUCCCAGGAGCAUUUCACAGCUCUCGGAAGUUUCUACUUUAUCCACGAGUCUUUGAAAAACGUCCACCAGUUUGAUUUCAAAGCCAAGAAAUUCCGGAAGGUGGUGGGGAAGGAAACCUGCUCAGAGACACUAGAAAGCACACCAACGCUGGAGAAGGAAAAGUUUCCACAGGACUACUUUCCCGAGUGCAAGUGGUCCAGAAAGGGAUUCAUCAGAACUCGAUGGGCCCUGGCUGACUGUGCCUUUGAUCUGGUCAACAUCCACCUUUUCCACGAUGCUUCCAACUUGGUGGCCUGGGAGAAAAGCCCUUCUGUCUACUCUGGGACCAGGCAGAAGGCAUUGGCCUACGUUUUAGACAGGAUCACCGACCAGCGGUUUGAAAAGCUGCCACAUUUUAUCUUUGGGGACUUCAACUUCAGGCUGGACUCGAAGCAGGUCAUUGAGAGUCUUUGCUCCACUGCCACCCUGCAGACAGUCAGAGCCGCCGACCCCAAUGAAGUUGACAAGCUAAUAUUUCGAGAAAAUGACAAUGACCGAAAGGUGGUUCUUCAGCUUGAGAAGAAGCUUUUUAAUUAUGUCAACCAGGACGUUUUCCGGGAAAACAAUGGGACCUCACUUUUAGUGUUUGACAAGGAGCUGUUGGUGUUCAAGGAUCGGCUGCAUGAGCUGGAGAUGUCAUUCCCACCCAGUUAUCCGUACAGUGAAGACAGCAGUCAGGGUAAGCAGUAUAUGAACACCAGAUGCCCCGCCUGGUGUGACCGAAUCCUCAUGUCUCCCUCUGCCAGAGAACUGGUCUUAAAGCCUGAAAAUGAAGAGAAGUCUAUAGUCUAUGACAACAUUGGGCCCAAUGUCUGCAUGGGGGACCACAAGCCUGUCUUCCUGUCCUUCCGAAUUACAGCGGGGGCAGGUAAACCUAAUGCAAAUAAGCACAAGUGUUGUGUGGUGCAGUGAUGUCGUGGGAAGUCUUGCCAAAGGGGGGAGAACAUAUUUCGUGAAGCGCCUCUGUGAGAACACCAGAGAAACAAACCGGACACACACACAGACACACGCACGCACACACACACACACACACACACACACACACACACAGAAACACACACAGAAACAUACACGCUCAAAGAAACAUGCACACACACACACGUAUGCACCCACACUUUGCACAAGCGUACACUGAAGAACACAGACAAACUUUUUUUCAGCAGUGCUGACCAGUUGCAGUUGUCCUGACACCUCAUUCAUACGAAAACACCCGGCCCCUUCUCUCUCCAUAAAACACUCGGUGAGAUGUGGACGAGCACCCGAGGGCCCGGCUCCAGACAAGACACACAUCGCUGACCUCACCGUUGCCAUGCAACCCCCAUUCCCCAGAGAAGAAAGAAGCCGGACGGCGGAUGACUCUUUUCCACGCCACAGCCUCCUUCGCCAAAACUCUAAUUGAAAUCAGUCCUACUACACAUGUUUAGACACCGUACUCGCCAUUUUUAGGUAUGCCUCUAUGUAUAGAAGCUACUCUCCAUACAGUAUGUAAGGUGUUUUAAAAAAAGAAAAGUGCAAUGCAAAAAAGUUGUAUAUCUAUAUUGUUAGGAUUAUUUGUACAUUAGACAAUAUAACAUAGAGUUGUUGAUGGUUUUAGUGCCAAUCUCUUUUCUGACCAAACUUCCUGGUCCCUUUGUUGGAAUAGAUGGAUCUUAUCGGUUUAUUUCAACAGUUUAUAUACUUAUAUAUUUUUUUGUUUUGUUUUUUUUUGAGUUGUUCUCGUUGUUGUUGUUUUUUGUUCUUGUGUGCACAACACACUGCCAUGCCUGACACAUCCGUGAGUCUCAUUUUAUAUACUGUACUUUUUAAAGAGAUAAUUUAUAAUUCUUACCAAAAUGUUUAUGCUGAAGCGCGUGCAGAGGGCGAGCAGCGACAGUGACCUUCGACGAGUGAGCACACGAGGAGAGGAACAGGAAGAGCUCCUCAGCGACUCGUUGCCUAUCCAAGAAUGUUUUAAGCAGUGCCAUAGACCAUGCAAGUAUAUAAGAUAUUGUUUCAUACAUAGCACUCUCACAUUACUAUUCUUACUCUAACUUAUUUCUAUAAUAUUAUGAUUCUGAAUGUGAUAUUUUAGAUAGGCUUGGGUAUCCUUAAAGUGUAAACUUUUUUGUCUAUUUUUGUUACUGCAUUAUGGUGCCAAGUAUCCUACACAGAGAUGAAGUGUGUAAGAGUUAUAAAAAAAAAAAGACUUCAGUCAGAUGGUAAAGGUAUUGAUUAUGAAAUGUAACAAAAAUAUAGAGAGAAACUCUAAAAGGUGGAGGACGAGCAGGAAGACUUGCUUUGUAUUUGUUUUGUAUGUAGCCUUCAGCAGCCUUCACUGCAGAUCAUUUGAGCAUUACAGGGAGCGAUCAGAGACGCUUCUUUUAUCGAUUUCAUUUACUACACUACAGAUUUCAGAGCGUGUGAAGCCGUCAGAUUGAUCCUCCUUGAUUUUCUGUUUUUAUUUCUAUCUAAAUCACCGCAAGUAGAAAUGAUUUUGUGCCUGCCGCAGAAUUUAUGUUGUCUCGUGUGAUUUGGUUCAUAGGCAAAAAGUUAUAUAUAAGAAAACCAGAACCCUGCUUGUUUUUGUUCCUGCUGGUCCUUGUGAGUUCACUGUAGGAGUAUAAGCUGCAGUUUUUCUUCACUCCAUCUUAUAAAAAGGCAGAUAGAGAUUUUAUUCUAGCCCCUUCGGCCUGGCCUCUACUGUAGAUGAUGCAGUUCUCAAGCAAUAAAAACCAUUAGAGCUCAA